AGCAUAAUUCAGUAAUGAUUCAAUCAGCAUCGGCAUCCGAUGGCACAAAUACUCCAUACGAAUAAUAUAGAAACUUAACAUUACCAUCAAGUGCCACUAUUUCGAUUAUAUUAUAUAUCAGAACCUUUCGACUCUUACCAAUUAUUGUCUAGUGAGACCAUCACGGGUGGGUUUGGUUCUAUGGUCCCAAUGGGUCACAAGAUUUGUUUAUUCAGUACCUGCUUAAUUAUAAGAUGUCUGCCAUGACUCGUCGUGGACUUCCACAGCACUCUGUUGAAUUGAAAUGGCGAUAUUGCUCCUCCUCCUCCUCAGCCUUCCGAUCAUCUGUCUCCUGUUACUCGCCCUCGGAUCACUAAAGAAACUAUGGCUGGAUGUGAUCCGCGUGCAGGCCGCGAUGAAUUCGCAAGGCGUCAACGGGCCUUCUUACAGAUUCCUGCACGGGAACACAAAGGAGAUCGUCAGCAUGAGAAGAGAGAGCACGGCGAAAGCCAUGGAUGGCAUAUCGCACGACAUAUUUCCCCGAAUCCAGCCUCACUUGCACACAUGGACCCGACUCUAUGGCACAAUCUUCCUCUUCUGGUAUGGUUCGACCCCUGAACUGGUCACCACAGAAGCAGACCUUAUUAAAGAAGUUUUAACCAACAGGGAUGGCCACUACACUAAAUUAGUUCUCCAAGGAUACAGUAAGAAGCUAUUAGGAGACGGGCUCUCAUCGUCAGAAGGUAAAAAGUGGAUGAAGAUGCGGAAAAUCGCAGACAGCUUCUUCAAUGGAAAGAGUCUCAAGAGUAUGAUUCCUGAAAUGGUGGCGAGUGUGGAGACAAUGCUUGAGAAAUGGAAGGAGUAUGAAGAUAAAGAGAUUGAGGUUUUGGAAGAGUUUAGAAUCCUAACAUCGGAAAUAAUUUCCAGGACAGCUUUUGGCAGCAGUUACACAGAAGGGAAGAACAUAUUUGACAUGUUGAUGCAGCUCACACUGAUCCUCACAAGAAAUCAUAACAAAAUCAGGUUUCCCGGUAUCAGCCGAUUCCUGCCAGAUAAAGACGAAAUAGAAUCAGACAAGCUUCAACAAGGAAUCCGAGAUCGCAUUUUUCAGAUGAUAAAGAAGAAAGAAACAGAACAAGGAAGCAGACCUGAUUUUCUGGGGAAGCUUUUGGAAGUAAAUCGAGACACAGAGGAAAGCAUGAAAAUAUCAGUGGAAGAUAUAGUCGACGAAUGCAAGACAUUCUAUUUUGCUGGGCAUGAAACAUUAACUUCGUUACUCAGCUGGACAAUUCUUCUGCUUUCAGUCCAUCAAGAAUGGCAAGAAAGAGCAAGGAAAGAGGUGACUGAACUGUUUGCAGGCCAGAAACCUGAUCCAGAAGGAAUUUCGAGGAUGAAAAUUAUGAACCUGAUCAUUCAAGAAUCGCUGAGAUUAUAUCCACCAAUUCCUGAAAUUAAAAGAAGAGUUGAUAAGCAAACAAAACUUGGGAAAUUAUCACUAAUUCCUGAAACUAAGAUUGGUAUCUCACAAUUGGCAAUUCAUCAUGAUCCCAAAAUUUGGGGAGCAGAAGCUCACCUUUUCAGACCAGAGCGAUUCAAAGAAGCGGUUGUGAAGGCCUGCAAUGGAAACGCAGCUGCAUUCAUUCCAUUUGGGUUCGGGCCUAGGAUCUGUGUUGGCUUGAACUUUGCAACUGCAGAGACAAAAAUUGCAGUUUCCAUGAUUCUCUUGCGCUACAAACUGAUCGUGUCAACAACUUACAUCCACUCUCCAAUACAGGCUUUCACAAUUCGUCCGCAGCAUGGCAUUCCAGUUAUCCUCCAGAGAAUUAAAUAGCAGGA